AUGGAAAAUCCCAACUGUGGUCAUGAAUCUCAUCAACCAUCAGGGCAACAAAACAUAAUUUCUUCUACUUCCCUAGCAGAUGUGGUUCCAGGCAACCAUAUGAAUGGGUCUGGUCAGGUGAAUUCACCAACUGUGGCCUUUCUUGAACAACAUCGGCUUCACUUGGAUCGCGUUCUACAAACCCAUUACGAACAAGCACGAGUGUCUUUACAUCAGCAAAUGUCUUUGCAAAACACAACUCUAUCAACCAUCAUGGACUCUAUGAUUAAGGAUGCAGUGAAGGAAAAGGAUGAAGAGAUAGCUCAUUUACACAUAGCAUUGAACCAGGUGCAAGAUUUCAUAAGAAAUUUAGAGCAGACCAUAGAUGAUGCGAUCCGUUUUGCUAGGCAAAGCAUUUUGUAUGUUAACUGGUUGCUGCCCAAAUUGGAUGAUAGUGGCUCAAGUGGGUCUUCUAAUGAAGUAGAUCACACUGGUUCAAACCAGGAAGUGGAGAUUGAUGAGAUGAAUGCUGUGGAGACAACACAUCCCAGCCUAAUCUGUAAGGUCUGCAAUUCGCAUAGUGCUUGUAUGCUUAUACUUCCAUGUCACCACCUUUGUGUAUGCAACUCAUGUGGAACCCAUCUUACAACAUGCCCUAUCUGCAAUUCUGCGAAAGAAGGCCUUCUCGAGGCCCGCUUCAGUUGAGAAGGCAGUGGUAACAAAGGAAAUAAAAAUAAUUGUGAAUGGACAACGGAAGAGAAGACAACCUUCCAUUUUCAUAGAAGAUGUUAUCUCAGUGACCUCAUCAUGUUAGCUCUUUAUGUCAUUACCAUGGUCCUCUUUAUAUCAUUACUAUGGUCCAUGGAGCAUAUAGUAUUUUGUAUUCAU